UUAUAUUUGGUAGGAGCAUGGACUAUUUGAUUAUACGUAUGAUAGUUAAUGAGUCAUCGUUGUUAUUGCCUAUUCGACCAGGUGACUCAAAUAUAAAAAAAUUCGAGCUCGUCAAAAGUUGUUUCCGUAGGUAGGUGACACUAAUUAAACAUGUAAUAACUCAGACUGAGGUAAAAAUGACUACUCAAAGCUCUUACCAUUUGCUAACUCCAAAAUGACAAAUGAAAAAUGGAGCAUUAACAACAAACAGGACAAAACCGUAUUGGGAAGCUGAGAGUGCGUUACAGUUGAUUGAAACAAGUCAAGAACACAAACACAGUAACAGAGGGCUUAAACAAUUAGUAAAACACACAUAAAUUAAUGAAAAGAAUAAACAAACAAAACAUCUUUUUGUUUGUCUGUUACUCUGUUGUGCAAAGAAAAAUAAUGAGAAGAUCUCUGCUUGAAAAUCUUAUGGACAUAAAUAAUCAAAUAAAGGUGGGAUCUUUGAGCUAAACCCAGUCCAUAUAAAACCCUAACUCCCUCUCUCAAUCCAUUUGGCUCCCUUGUCAAAAAACAAAACCAGAAAGAAAACAGCUAUUUGACAGAAAAAAACCCACCAACCCAUUUUCUCUCUCAAAUACAGCCAUAUCUCAUCAACAUAUUGAUAAAAUCAAAAUUGGGGAAUUAAUUAAAAUAAUUAGUUAAUCCCUCCUCUUCCUCUUUCCCUUCUUUUCUGUUUUCUUUUCUCCCAUCUUGUCUUGCCAAAAAACCCUCUUCUUAUAUUAUUUUACUUUCUCCCCCAUUUUCCUCUGCCUUCUUCGUCUGCUGCUGAGCUUCCUUUUCUGCUCUGGUUUCCCUUCUGGGUCUUCUCUGUUUUAGCACUAAAAUGGUGAAGGGAGCUCUUUCAUAUUGCUUGGAGGAAGGAGAUUCCGAGUUCCUUCUCGCUUGAAUCUUUCCAUUACAGCCAUUCCUCAAGAGGUAUUUUUGGGUUUUCUGUAUAACUUUAAUUUGAUGAGUCAUGCCUAUACAUUCCAAUCUUGCUUAAGGGGAAAUGAGGAAAAAUAGCUUCUCUUAUCACAUGCAUUGAUGAAUCUCUUUUUUCCUGUUUCCAAGCUCAUUGGUACCUUUUUGGUCUUUUUCACUUUGCUUGUGAGCAGGCAAAAGGAACUACACCCAAUCUGCUUCCCCUCUUCUGUGUGGUUUCUGUGGCCUUCUGCAGCAUUAUUGCUUCAACUUGAUUGCUUUUGGGGGUUGGUUUGAUAAAUGGGAACCAACAAGAUUAAAGGGUUCUACAAAGGGUUCAAGUUCAUCACUCAAAUCUUCGUUGUGAAGGAGAGAGAGCUGGAGAUUGGGUUCCCAACAGAUGUAAAGCAUGUUGCUCAUAUUGGAUGGGAUGGUGCCUCUGGGAAUCCACCCAGCUGGAUGAGUGAGUACAAGACAGCUCCUGAAUUCUCGUCCUCGAAACCUUAUGGUGGAGCUAAUGGAGUUCCAAGAGAGUCCAAUUCCGUGUCUUUCUCUCCAUGGUCCUCUCAAGAUUUUAGCGAGUCAAUGGGGCUUCACCAGAUGCCUGUGUCGACAAUGUUGGAUCAAACCGUGCCAACUUCAGACCCACCAAGCAUCCCAAAGAAGCAGAAGAGGAAAAAGAAGUCUGCAUCGACAUCAUCGCCUUCAAAGGGUUCAUCGUCGUCUUCGAUAUCUAAGGCCUUACGAUCAUCCAAGGCCAAUAAGGCCGUGUACCACGAGAUGGAGCCGACCAUGAUUGCACAAGCUUAAUUAGUUGCCCGAUUUGUCGAAGUGUAAAAGGAAUGUGCAUAGCAGGAAGAAUGUGCCCUUUUUUUCUCUCUUGGUGAUCAAGGCUUCUGUAAAUGUGUUGACAAAGUGUACUACAAACGUUGACCGGUGGAGUACUUAGGGUUUGAUGGCAUAAGGGGACAUAAAAAGUAAUGUUAGGUGGUAAGUUCUACUCUUGAGGUUUACAAGAAUGUGUUGUAAGACAUUAUUGUAAGGAAAUGUGGGUUCAAAGGUGAGAAAUUUUGGAAUUCAAAUCGGUUGGCAUGAAUGAGAAAGCUCUGGUUGAUGAUUUGGUUUGUGGUAGGGUUAGGAAGUUAGAAAAAGGGUCUAGCUUGAGCAAGUCAGGGUAGAGAUGUUUCGAUUGUUUGGUAGGCAACAAUUCUCAAUAAAUUAUGGAUAUGAUCAUACAAGUGUUUGCACUAAAAGCGUUGCAUCUAGGGCCAAACCGAGGAACUUGUUCAUGGGUGACAGUGGCACUGGUUCAUAAUAAAUCAAAUCCCCAAUCUUUGGCGAAGCUCAGAGUGCAUUCCAAUUUGUCUUGAUGGGUGGCGUCUAUUGGACCAACCUCGUCUUUCUAGAAAGGUUUGCGAUCGUUAUCUACUUAUUUAUUUGGAACCAUUGAUACAAAACUAUACUUAUAAAACAUAACUAACAUAGUUUUAAGUAUAGUGUCUUGACAUUGUGUUGGAGUGGAUUUUAAUUUCCUCCAAAAUCUCAUGAAAAAUAAAUUCUUGUCUCCUGUGUCUUGAAGUAUCGUGGUAUUAGCUUAGGCUCAAUCAUUUUUAGCAUAAUAACAAUGGCUUGUUAUAAUCUCCAUUCAUCCUCAAGGCAUUCUUUUGGAGUGGGAUUUCAUUCAUGCGUUGGGACAAGUAAAAAAAACUCACCUAAUUAAAUUUAAAUGAUUUGAUCAAUUUAGUGCUUGGGCUUAAGCUCAUUUUUCUAGUCUUUUUAUUUUUCUUAAUUGGUUUAUAUCAUUUUAUUUUAACUCGAAUUUUAGAAACAUUAGUACAAAAAAAAAAAUUUGCAAUCUACAUGAUGAUGUCCAAUUUUGUAUUUAUUUGAAAAAAAAUUAACAUGGGAUGUAAAGCACAUUUUAAGUGGGAUGCACGAAUUAAAUUUUUUUGUAUUAAAAAAUAUUAAAAUAAAUAUAAUUUUGUAAGCACAAAUACAAUUCUUAUAUUUUUAUGUGCAAAUUUUUUAGAAUUCGAGUUAAAAUCAAUUACACAUGUUUGGCCCGCUCCGUCUACAAAGCGAGUAGAUUUGACCAAAACUAUUGAAUACCAAAAAGAUUAUGUAUACUCGAUUCUAAUGUAAUUUUUGCUUUAUUUUUUGUUAUGGAACAAUAAAAAUAAGGCGAAAAAUCAACAUUAGAAGUUUGAAUUGAAAGCAAUUACUGAGAUGAUCUAUAUACUACUUUCGUGUGUAAAAUAAUCUAAACUUCUAUUGACACAUAUGUGUAAGGAAUAACCUCUGCAUUGAUUUGAUCCAACUUGUUUUAACAACUCAUCGUGUAGGAUCUGUACUUGCUAUUGUCACUUGGUAUGUGAUUCAGAUGGGAGAGUUUCUGCUCGAUUUCUUUGAGAUGUUUGGCCACAUUUCCCUGCUGCACAAGGGACUGCAUCCUUCACUGCAUGUGGAAGAAUAUCUCCCCCAAUAUUUUGCUCUUUCCCAACUUUUUUUUCUUCGUUGAAUAGGGUUGUACUAGACUUUACCUUUUUAUUUUCUUUUAAUUCUUCUUCUGCUUUUUGUUUAUUGGAUCAUCUCUCCUAAUUCAUUUUUUCUCGUGGGAUUGUACUAGACUAUAACUAUUUUAUCUUCUUUUAAUUUAAUCACCCUUAUAAACAAAUUUAUUCUUGGUUUCUUACAAUACUGUUUGGGCCAGGUCAUCGCUAAGAAAUCGAUGGAGGAGCUCAGAGGCCACAGAGGUGGGAAAGUUGGAGGCAAUAGAGGCUGACAGAUCCGAACCGAUCAAGAUAGAGAGCUCGGAGGGGGUGGAUGCGAAGGUGGAUAGGCCGGAAUGCGUCGAUCGAGGUGGAGAGCUCGUUAAUUAGCUAUUAAAUUAGAAAUAAUUUCAAUAAUGAUUGGUGGUCUCUUCUAUUCCUAUUACACCCUUUGUGUAUUUGCAACAAUUAGAUCUAAAGUAGGGAUUAGUGGCUUAGAUGCUAGUCUACACAUAAUAUAAUACGCCGAAGGGAAAAACGGGAGCUCCAUUUCAAAUUUCCUGCAACGAGAGUGAAAGUAGGAAGGACAUUUUGGUCUUCACAAUUGCUUUUUUUUAUUCAUUAAAAAGACACGUACUGGGAUUCGAACCAUGCCCAUUUUAAAGAAAAGCAAGGAUAAUAACCAAUCACACUAAGCACAUUUGUUAUAUCUUUUUAAAUUAAAAACAUAUAAUAGCAGGGAGGAAAAAAUCAUUCCCCCAUUUCAAAUUCCCUGCUCCAUGAGUGUUUGUAGGAAGGGUAGAAUAGGAAGUGUCAAUUUUUUUCUCUUUCCUCUGUGGAACGGGCCAACUUACCGUACACAUGCGAAUUUAAACGGGUCCAGGAGUGUCAAUUUUUUUUCUUUAAACCCUUUUAUUUCUCCGUGGUGAUAAAAUAUAUAUGAAAAGGAAAAACUAAUACUCCUUUUUAUUGUUAAACAUAAAAAAUUUAACAAUAAACUAAUGCAUGGUAUCUAAUGGGCUAACCACUAACCAUAAAAUAAAAGAGUUGAAUGGGUCUGACCUACAUGGGAUUUGGCCAUCAAGUAAAACAAAUGAACAUCAUUGGUUUGUCAUUCUAAAACAAGCUAUUUUCUAUUAUGCUAUUAUUUUAUAUCUUAGUGGCUAAAAUAUAAUGUAUUUUAAAGU